AUGGCGACGACAGGCGAGCGCUUGGCCAACCGCUUGCUCAGCAUCCACCGCUUCGUCAACCGCAACCUCGUCGGCAGGCUCCUCCACAACGUGCUGCCGGGCGGUGCGACGGCGGCGCCUUCCCCGUCCCCGAUGGUACGCCAGCUCGGUAAAAACGCCCUGGUGGUCGAUGCGGACGCCCUCCUCCUGAAACAACCGUCGCCGGGCGCCGCGUUCCCGCCCUACUUCCUCGUCGCCGUCGAGGCGGGCGGCUACGUCCGGGGUCUCGUCCUGCUCGCGCUCUACCCCGUCCUGCACGUGCUGCCCCACGGGGCGCGCGCCAAGGCCAUGGCCUUCGUCUCCUUCUGCGGGCUCCGGCGCGACGAGGCGGCGAGGAUCGGCAGGGCCGUGCUUCCCAAGCUCUUCUCCCGGGAGGCGCCGCCGGGCAUGCGCGCCGUCGAGGCGCUGAACGCGCUUCCCAAGGAGGUGAAGGUGGUGGCCGUGAGCCGGACGUUCCCGACGGUGAUGGUGGAGGCGUUCCUGAAAGAGUACGCGGGGUUCCACGCGGUGGCCGGGAGGGAGCUCGAGGGAGGGCCACGAUACCUCACCGGCGUCAUGGCCGAGCUCGACACGGAGAGUCUGGCGCGUGCUCUGAAGCAGACAGAGAGGGCCCCGUGCGCGUACUCGAAGCCCGUGGUGUUCCACGACGGCCGGCUCGCAUUCACGCCGACGCCGGCAGCCGCGCUCGCCAUGUACAUCUACCUCCCCUUCGCCGUCGCCCUCGCCGUCAUCCGCAUCGCCAUCUACGUGCUCCUCCCGUGGCGCCUGUCGAGUGUCGUCGCCGGGCUCACCGGGGUGAGGGUGCGCGUCGUCGGACCCACCCCGGCGGCGGCGGGCAGCAACGCCGAGCCCCACGGCGGCCGGCUCUACGCCUGCAACCACCGCACGCUUCUGGACCCGGUCGGCAUCGCCUGCGCGCUCAAGAGGCCCGUCGCCGCCGUGACGUACAGCCUGAGCCGCCUGUCGGAGGUGCUCUCCCCGAUCCCGCUGCGGCGGCUGACCCGCAACCGCGAGGAGGACCGGCGCCGCAUGUCGUCGAUGCUGGCGCGGGGCGACGUGGUGGUGUGCCCCGAGGGCACGACGUGCCGCGAGCCGUACCUGCUCCGGUUCAGCCCGCUGUUCGCCGAGCUCGCCUCCGAGGUGACCCCCGUGGCGGUCGACGCGCGCACGACCGUGUUCUACGCCACGUCCACGUCGCCGGUCGCCAAGAGCUUCGACUCGGUCUACUUCCUGAUGAAUCCCCGGCCGGAGUACAGCGUCCAGUUCCUGGAGCCGGUGAACACGGAGAGCGGUAAGAGCAGCAUCGAGGUGGCCAACGAGGUGCAGCGUGCGCUCGCCUCCGCGCUCGGGUUCGAAGGGACGGCUCUGACGAGGAAGGACAAGUACCUGCUGCUCGCCGGGAACGAAGGGGUCGUCAACACCAAGUGA